AUGGCUACUACCAAACGAAAAUAUACAAUAAUUGCACAAACUGAACUUGAUCACGAAAACCCGAUAAUCAAUGGAAAAAAAAUUCAAGAUCGUUUAAAAAAAUCGAAAGGAAAAACUAAAUCAAAAAUUAAUGAUGUACCAACAUUAUCACGUUGGCCUGGUGAUGUAUCAAAUACAUUUCAACGUUAUACAAAUAAGAAUAAAGUAAAAACAGAUGCUAAGUUAAAUUUUUGUCAAUUACCAGAUGAAAUUAUUUUAAUAAUUCUUAGUUAUUUAAAUAAAACAUCUCUUGUUGCUUUUAUACAAACUUGCCGAAGAAAUCGAGCAAUAGGAUAUCAUCCAAGUUUAUGGCGUCGUAUUGAUAUGUCUUAUAGACGUGUUGAUAUUGAACAAAUAAAUAGUCUUCUACAACGUGGUACAAUGACGUUAAAAAUGUAUCAAACAACAAUUCAAGACUCAACUUUAACUUAUAUCGAACCAUCUGCUUUGUGUCAUCUUGAUUUAACAUCAGCAAUUCUUCCAACUGAACUUCUUAUUAAUUUACUUAGUUCAUGUAAUUCAUUACGUAAACUUAGUUUAGAAUCUUUGCCAUUGAAUUAUAACAUUAUCGAAAAAAUUGUUUUACAUGAACAACUUGAUACACUUAAUCUUGCUAUGUGUACAGGUUUAACAUUUGAAUGUUGUCAAUUAAUAACCAAUAAACUUUCAUUAUUACGUUGUUUAAAUAUUGCUUGGACUGAACUAACUUCUGAAAGUGUUAAAUAUAUAUGUGAAACAAUUUCUCGUUGUAUUGAAGAAUUGAAUAUCAGUGGACAACGUUAUAAUUUAACUGAUGAUUAUAUUCAAUUAUUGGUACGUCGUGCACUUCGUUUACGUGUUCUUGAUAUAAGUGAUUCAGUAUUAAUAACUGAUCAAUCAAUAAUAGCACUUCGUCAACAUUCACGUUUACUUGCACAUUUAUCUGCAUCACGUUGUUAUUUACUUACACCAGCAGCACUUAUUACAUUAAAAUUAUUACCUGCUUUUACAAUAUUGGAUAUAUUUGGUACAUUAGCACAAAUUUCAUUACAACAAUUAUAUAAUGAAUUUGGCACAAGAAUUCGUUUAAAUAUGUGUCUGUUUUCAAAUAUUGCUCGACCAACAACAGGAAUACAACGUACAUCUAUUUGGGGUUUACGUACGCGAUUAAUUAUAAAAAAAAAUAUGGAACCAUCAAAAGUUAAAGAACGUUAUCAAGCAUUAAAACAUCAAGGACCAACGCGAUCUUUGACUCGUUGUGAUUCAACUGAUCUUAUUCCACAAGUUGUUUCACAAAAUCAAAUCAAUGUACAUAGUCAUAUAUGUCCAAGAGCACCAGAAGUUUUAUUCGAGAGUCGAACUACAUAUUUUAAUGGUAUUAAUGAUGAUCAAGAUCGACCAUUAUCAGCACGAGUUUCUUCAGCAAGUAUUACUAGACAAUUGUCCAAUGUGACUCUCAAUGAUUCCAAACUGUCAUCAAUAGUGAAUAGUCCACUGCAUAUAAGAUAUCGUCCAAUUGAUUUAUCUUCAAUUUUACCAAUAAAAGAUAAUAAAAUGAGAAUAUAUGCUAGUUUAACAAACUCAAAACAGAUAGAUUAUUUUAAUUCAUUAUCGGAUGAAUUAAUUCUAACAAUUUUAAGAUAUCUUCCUCGUGCAUCAUUAGCUUCUAUGGCUCAAGUUUGUCGUCGCUUACGUUCUUUAACUUAUGAUCCAAGUUUAUGGUGUCGUGUAGAUAUGUCUCGAAAACACAUUGAAAGUUGUUAUCUACGUGAUGUUCUGUUACGUGGUACAAUUAUUCUUAAAAUGUACCAAACUACAGUUUUUGGAAAUUCAAUUUAUUCACCUAAUCGAAAUACAUGGUUUACAAAACUUCAAUUUCUUGAUUUAACCCUUGCAACAAUAUCAUCUGAUUGUUUAUUAAGUUUAAUGAGUGCUUGUCGAUCACUUCGAAAACUCAGUCUUGAGACAUUACCAUUGAAUUUAUCAAUUUUCGAAAAAUUGGCAUUGAAUUCACAUCUUGAUACAUUAAAUCUAACUAUGUGUACUGGUAUUGAUCUUGAUUGUUGUUCAAUAUUAACCAGUCAAAUGAAACAUUUACGUUAUUUGAAUUUGGGUUGGACACAAUUAAGUGACCAAUGUGUUCACUAUAUAUGUCGAACGAUUCAAUCAAGCAUCGAACAAAUAACAUUAACUGGUUUUCGACAAGGAAUGACUGAUGAAUGUGUUGAAAAUUUAACACGCCGUGCUGUUCGUCUUCGUGUUCUUGAUUUAAGUGAUUCAAGUUUAAUAACUGAUAAAUCAGUAACAAGUGUUAUACAUAGUUGUCUCUAUCUAGAACAGGUAGCAUUUUCACGUUGUUAUGCUAUUGCACCAAUUGCUUAUGCAUCGUUAAAACAAUUACGUCAUCUUGUUUCAUUGGAUAUAUUUGGUGUUGUUGAUGAACGUGGUUUACAAAAAUUACAUUCCUUACUUGGCUCAUCUAUUAGUUUGAAUCAACAACGUUUUUCUUAUGUUGCUCGACCAACUUAUGGUUUACGUCGAACAUCCAUUUGGGGGUUACGAACACGUUCUUAA